UCACAACUCUCUGCCCUCUAAGCUGUUCGGAUAUCGAGCUCCACUCUCUGCUCCACUCUCCGCCUGAAUCUACGCCGUUCCUGGGGCUUGUUUGAAAGUAACUCGAAACCUUUUAAAUGGCUGACUCCCCCCUGAACAACUCCUGGCCGUCCUUUUCUAAGUUCUGGAUGAAGAGAUGGUCAUUUAAGAAAGAAUGCAAGCAGUUCCCCCACUCGUUCCCCCAGGUUCCGGAGAGCUCGCCCCUGGCUCGGACAAAAUCCGAAUCGCGGUCAAACUCGCUGAAUGAGGUGGAGGAGAUGUACUUCCACAGGAUGGCAGAGGACAAGGAUGAUGCCUACCUGGAUUACGAUGACUCAGCAACAGACGCCACCAGCAGCACUGAGGACAUUCUCUGUCUGGAGUCAUCAGCCUCCUUUGGAGAGCUUCGCCUUUCCCCCUACCCGGUGGCCAGCAGUUCGGAGGACAUCGCCGGAGCGGAGAGGAGCUCGGCCUGCCUCUCGCCACCCGUCAGCACCGGUAAGAAGAGUAAGACGUUACCCCGACUAGCAGCAGUUGCCGGGCCUUCGCGACAAGCGGCAGCUACGAACGAUCGCUCGCUGGGCCAGGAGCGCGGCGGAUGCACGCCCAGCCACGGGCACGGGGAGGAUGAGCAGAACAACGCGUCCGACACCGAGAAUGCGAUGGACAGCGAAGAUCUCGAUUCGUUCCCUUUGCUCAUCAGGUCCAUGUCCACCUCCAGGAGGCACAGCUGGGAGGGACCUUUAUCUCCGUCGCUGCCCGGAGAUGCAAGGAGAAGGCUCAGCCUCGAUCUGCUGGGGACCGACAGCGACGGCGAGGGUGACAGAGAGGAGGAAGAUCAGCUGGAGACCUCCCAGGACGCGUCCGCCUACGACUUGGUGCCAUCCCACAUCGCCGGGACCAACGGCAGAGAGGACACCAGGCAGGCGACUGGAAUUCAAGCGGGGACCAGCUUCACCUUGCCUGAGCAGGAGAUGCAGAGAACAGAUAUGAGGCCACGACUGAACGCCAGCGCUUCCUAUUCCUUCAUGGGGAUUCAACAUCGCUCUUCCCGGAACAUGGCUGCACCCCAGUGUAGAGAACCAGAAUCCGAAACGUCCCCAGAGAAUCAAGAGGAGAAAGAAAAUCUGAAGCCUGACCACUUGUUGGUUCAAGAAGUGCUGCAAGAACUGAAGGCCUAUCAUGGUGCAAGAACAUCGGCGGGAUCUGCACAGAUGCGCCCCCCUGCCUCCUCACACGAUCUCACUUGGAUGGAAUUCCUUGCCGAAAAAGAGGACGGUGACAAAACCGAUCGACCCGAGAAAGGAACAAAAGUGAAAAGAACAUUAAGUUCUCUCAAGAGCAGGGUGACUGGCUCCUUCAAAGAUAAGGGUAAGACCAAAGAGAAAGAAAAGGAAAGUCCAAAAGAAAAGAGAAAGUGUAACAAUGGCCACGAGUUAGUGCCUGGAACCUUUUCCAGCUUCACCAACUGCACACUGUGCAGUAAAGCGCUGAGCAGUAAAACCGGUUAUCAGUGUGUGAACUGUGCUGUGAAUGUACACAAAAACUGCAGGAACCUUCUAGCUGAAUGCAGUACUUCCAAGAGCAAGCUAAAGGACUCCCAGCAGAAACUUACAGGAAAUCCACAGAGCACAACCCAACAAGCAUCUUCAGCGAGGGAGCAACCACCACGGUGUGCACAACUGGUUGCGGAUGGCACGCCCGGUGGAGUGCGGAAUAUCGGCAUGACCAUUCCACCAAGACGACCUUCCCAACCUUCUUCGUUUAGUGUCAACAGCGUCAGCAAAGACGGAGUAACUGCAGGGGAGAUGGAGCAGGAGGUGGAGAAUGGAAUCCCAAGAGGAAAACCAUGGGCUGAGGAAACUCCAAGCCUGGUUUCAUCAUCUGCUGAAUCGCUUGUGGCAGAAGACACCAUUUACGCUUCACUGAAGGCAGAGUUGGAGGUAGAUGGCCAGGAGUUUGAGGCUGAAUCAUGGAGUCUUGCAGUGGACCAGGCUUACGCAAAGAAACAGACCAAGGAAGUCAUCAAAAGGCAGGAUGUUAUAUACGAGCUCAUGCAAACCGAGAUGCAUCAUGUCAGAACGCUGAAAAUUAUGCUGCAUGUAUAUUGCCGGGGGAUGGAGGAGGAGCUUCAGUUAAGUGACCAGCACACUGUGAACAGAAUCUUUCCCUGCUUGCGCCGGUUACUUGAAAUCCACAAAACCUUCUUCUCCCGCUUGAAGGAACGGCGGAAAAGUUGCUUGGAGGAAGGGAGUGAACGGAAUUACCUCAUCCAGAAAAUUGGAGAUGUCCUCACACAACAGUUCUCAGGUGAAUGUGGAGAUGAAAUGAAGGUGCAGUACGGGGACUUCUGUGGCCACCACCAUGAGGCGGUGACCUAUUACAAAUUGAUGUACCAGCAGAACAAGAAGUUUCAGAACCUGAUCAAGAAAUUAAGUAACUAUUCUGUGGUGAGGCGCCUCGGAGUGCAGGAGUGCAUUUUACUGGUCACUCAGCGCAUUACAAAAUACCCUGUCUUAGUGGAGAGGAUUAUUCAGAAUACUGAAGCUGGCUCAGAGGAUCACGAAGAGCUGCCGAAUUCAUUGGUGCUAAUAAAGGACACAAUAACAGACGUGGACGACAGAGUGAGCUUGUGUGAGAAAGCUCGGCGCUGGAAGGAGAUUGUCAAUAGGAUGGAUAUCAAGUCGACGGCCAAGCUGAAGAAUGGAAGCACGUUCCAUAAAAUGAACAUGCUGCGAGCAAAGAGGAAACUCCUGUACGAAGGUGUCGUGUGCUGGAAGGCUGCGUCUGGGCGGCUAAAAGAUAUUCUGGCUCUCCUUUUAUCAGAUGUGAUUCUGCUACUUCAAGAAAAGGACCAGAAGUAUUUGUUUGCUACUGUGGACCAGAAGCCAGCUGGCAUCUCGCUGCACAAGCUGAUCGUCAGGGAAGUGGCCAACGAGGAGAAGGGAAUGUUCCUCAUCAGUGCUUCAGACGAGGGCCCCGAGAUGUACGAAAUCCACACAAAUUCCAAGGAGGAGCGAAAUACUUGGAUGGCCGUUAUUCGUGAUGCUAUAUGCAGGUACCCAAUUGAAGAGGCCGCAAACCUUGGUGAGCAAGAGGAGGAAUGGCGACAGGAUGAGGGACGAGCUGCUCGAAUCAAAGAACUUCAACAGCAUCUGAGCACGAAGGACGAUGUGCUCAGGAGGACCCUGACCGAGAAGCUGGACAUUUACAAUGAAAUAGCGGAAGUCAAUGGUUACCUGGACACGGGAAGGCAACGUGCACUGCUUCGAUCUGACACUGUGGAGUCCCAGCGGGGAGAUAUUGUGUUCACCGAGGUGUUGAAAGAAGUUGAAAAGCUUCAGAGCUUUAUUGCCUGUCAACCCUACAACAUACACUGGCAGUUAGAAGACAGCCUGGGGUCCUCGGGGUUGCCACGCAGAGCAGAGACUUUUGGAGGCUACGACAGCAGCUCAGCUAAUCUAAUCAAAGAGGGCUCCAUCAAGAAAAAGUCGAACACGUUGUCUUCCAGCAGUGAGCUGAAGGAGAAACCUGGAUCUCGGGCAAGUUCGGAUCCCCAGCUGCAGGAGUAUGAGAGUGGACAAAUGAGUGAUCUAGCUUGGUGGUGUAGCAGUAGUAACAUCAGUUUGAUGUGUGAUGCAGAGCUGGUCCAGAGUGUGCAGAGACUGACACAUCUGCUUUACAAGCUGAAGGUAAUGAUUGCCCAACAGGACAGCUACAUUGAGAUGCAGCGGAAUAUGGGCGCGAGCUGGGAGCGGGACAGGCAGUAUCGACCCGCAGGCUCGCGGGGCGGCCAGCUUCUGGAGCAAGAGAAGCAGCGGAACUUCGAGAAGCAGCGCGAGGAGCGGGCAAACGUUCAGAAGCUGCAGAACCAGGUGCGGCUGGAGCAGCAGAAGUGGGAGCGGGACCGUGAUCGGCAUCAGCGGGAGCUGGACCUCCAGAACUCUCGGCUCCUCGGCUGCGAGGACGAGCUCCAGAAGCAGAUGAAGCAGCUGGCUCAGGAGAAGGAGGAGCUGGAGUCCCAACGGCGCAAUUACCAGCAGGAUCUGGAGCGUCUGCGAGAGUCCCAGCGAACGGUCGAGAGAGAGAGGGAGCGCCUGGAACAGCAACAGCGCAAACAUCUGAAGCAGAGCUCAGUCGUGUUUUCAUCUGAAGCUGCACAGAUUCCAGGCUUCAUUCAUCCCCACAGCCUUGAUGGAGAGAGAGCUGAAAUGAGCCUUCUACCGCAGAGCGAGCCAGGACUGGCCCAGCAUGGCACCAAGGACCUCGGGCAGUCAAGCACGUUGAUGGAGCACUCCGAGCGAGCUGCUGAAGUCCAUCUUCAGAGGGAGAACAGCAACACCUCCAUGUUUACUCGCUCGCCUGAUAUCCGGCAAUCCCUCAUUACGAAACCCCAUGUGCCCAUUCAUCUCGUGAGCACCACCAAUGAAAGUCUGAAGCACACUGGAGUACAACAGAAGAUCCCGACUAAACUUGCCACCUUAAAAGGGGGGAAAGAGAAGGGUGGAAAAGCCAAGGACCGACAAUCCAUUGCUGGAAUGCCCUCUUCAUCGGUGCUAUCCUCAUCAGGAUCAGUCGCUGCGGACUUGAGACAAAACCCGGCAAGGUUUUUCGGAAAAGAUGAUGGGGUGCUGAGAGGCCGGAGGUCUUCAAGCCCGGUGAUAGCAAGCAUCCAAAGUCUCUCCCAUCAAGAGUCUGUGGCUCCGAUGGACAUCCAGCCCGAGCCGCAGCCCAUCACAGUGAGCACUCCAAUGCCAAGUGGAAUGUCCCAGCUCCAGGGCACGCCCGUCACCGCCGUGACAAAACAGACGGACGAUUCUGGCAACCAGAUCAUCUUCUUCUGAACCGUGAGGUGCACAGUCGAAAGUGCUCGCAGUCUCCGGAGAUGGAGCAGGACCCGGGAAAAUCCCAAAACAAGGGUUGUGGGGUGAAGGGGGAGGGAAGGGAAGGAGAUAUACCAGCAGCGAUCGCAAGAGCAGCCACUGCCGGAAGCAUGCCGACAGUGUCCCGAGCUGACCCGACCAAAACCUCCGCGGGAUUACUGUGGCUCCAGGACCCACCCGCCUGCUGAACACUGCGACACAACUUGCCAUUGUGAUGACUAGCAGCAGGCCCACGGUUGACCCAUUGUACAACCUGCUGUUAAUAAACUUGUACACGCCCUUGCACCCAUUGUCAGGAGAUCGACAGUUUACUUGGAAGGCUGCUUAAAAUUCCAAGCCUCCCUUCCUGGGUCACGGUGCAAAUCCUGGUUGGACGCUGAGGUUAUGGGAUAAGCGUGGGGGGUUUGGGGGGGGGGGGGGGGGUGGCAGUGUGUCCACUAAAAUUCCCUUAAUCCAGGAACGUCACCUUGAUGUUUUAUCUUUUUUUAAUAUUCUCGACUGUGGGAUGAGUACCCCAACAAUGUUUAUGUAGGAAGGAACUGCAGAUGCUGGUUUACACCAAAGAUAGACACAAAAUGCUGGAGUAACCCAGCGGGAACAGGCAGCAGCAUCUCUGGAGAGAAAGAAUGGGGGGCGUUUCAGGUUGAGGUCUCGACCCAAAGCGUCGCAUGGUCCUUUACUCCAGAGACGCUGCCUAACCCGCUGCGUUACUCCAGCACGUUGUCUAUCCCAACAACUUUGUUUGUUGUUGUCUCUCAGUCUGAGCAAAAUUCUGUUGACAAUGAACUAUUUCACCUGGCGUUCCCAGAUCUUGCCUGGUAAUUAAUUAAAUGAUUUUAUUAAUUAUCCUCUGCUGCACCAUUCAUAUCACUGGUAGUUUGGGUAGUAGGGACUCGAGUUCUGAGGUGCGGGUGGGAGGACCCAGUGGUGCUGAAGCUAGAGGAAAAGAUGCGUGGAAUUGGCUCGCGUUCUGCCCAGGACCAAAGGGAAAAGUCAUAAAUUAGUUGUCGGCAAUAUUCCUCUGCUUGACUGGGAAGACAAUUCCAUUCUGGGUCACAAGUGGACUGAUUAUAUUUUAGACUUUUAUUUUUAUAUCUUGCAGUUUUGCCAAACUACCCACAUCAUUUCCUCUGGGUGAAUAGUGAUACUAAUGGCAGUGCUGGCUUGAAAUUCCCUUCAGCACUGAUGAGUUGCUCUACUGAUUGAAGGGUGCACUCCUAAUGUGCUACACGAGCAGGUUGGAGUCUUGUCUCAUGCCUCUGAUACGUUUAAGUUACACCAAAGCAAUUGAGCACGGGAUCUUUCUUGAUAACCUGGUUUCAAGUCUCCACAGUGUUUGGGAAGAGGUGGUUGCGCUGGUAGCCUGGGUGUGCUUGUCAUAAAUGCGUGCUGAUCUUGCAGAGGAUGCAGAGUUGAAGAAGAGCUGGGGAAAACAUCACGUCAGCUUUGAGAUCAGGGGUUAGCUGCUUCCAACCUGAGUAUGCACAUCGUCUAAUGUUGAAGGUUAUUGUGAUAGCAUUUAACCUGGGUUGGUCUGAGCAAACCUGACCCUUCCCUCUCAUCUGCCUCAGCACCCGACUGAUCUAGUUAUCAGUAAAUAAUCUAAAUCUGUUGUUGAUCAUAAUUUGGGAAUAGUUGGAGAACACGGGCAGAUCUCCCCGUACUCUGACCUAUUUGAAUCAUUGCAUUCUAUUCGGGGGGGGGGGAAAUUACUAAAGAAACUUGAAGGUAUCAAAAGCAUUAACCACUAGAAUAACUUACACUUGUAUUUUUGAGCGGGUUCUUCGCCAAUUUGCACUUAAGGACAAUUUUGUUUAAUUUGUUUAUAGCUGGUUAUUCUGUAAAUUGUUUCAGCAGUUAGUGUUCAAGUCGUGGAGCACUUUAAUGCACUCUAUUAAAAAUAAUGACUGUA